AGUUAAUAUAACAUUAACCAUGAAGAUCAUAGCAUUCCACAUUUAUGUAUUAUAUUUUAUCACUUUGAUGCUAAUAGAACCAAAUUUGGCUCGUGUCGUACUACGUUUUAAUACAGGACUUAGCGAUUCCAAUGAACUUGUCUGCCCAUGUGCAAAAAUAGAAAUGCCAGUAUGCGGCACAGAUGGGCAUGUUUAUGACAACAAAUGUUUGUUAGAAUGUCAGAAACUUGUUCACCCGGAUUUGGAAGAAACGAAAACCUGCAUUUUUGCACCGUAAAUACAACUUUCCAAAACAAGCUUUAAAUUAUCAACAGGGUGUUUCAAAAUCCCAACAUCCUGUAGACUUUUUGAAUACAUUGUCAAAAAAUAAUAAUGCAGGAAAGUAAAGAAUACCUA